AGGUUCAAUGAACAGAUGAUGGAAUAGCGCGAGGGAAGACAAUCUGUAAAGGUCUGUUUUGCAGUGAAUCAUGGAGGCUGGACCGUCUCAAAAUUUCAAUGUUGAAGUUCAUAAUCAGUAUCCACUCCCGCAAAAAGAUUUCGUGAUUCCUCUCAGCAAUGGAGCGACCUUCAUACACCCACCAUUCAGCGCUGGUUACAUCGUAUGGACCUUUCCCAACAAUCCAUCGCCCGCUAGAAGCACUGCAGUCUUUGUUUCUAAACUCCUCUGUAAUUCCAAAUCGUCUCCGAUGUCAGCUCAAACUGUAGAGCAGCUUUCAGGUCCUCACGGUUAUGCUUAUGAGCCUGCAGCUCUCGUUGCUGCCGAAAAUUCGAGCUUUGCACAUGGUUUCACCCGGGAAAACAGUGUAGCAACUGUGAGUGACGUUAAUGCAUCAGUCUGGUCCCAGUUCUCGUUUUGCAAUACUGAGAACUCAGUUUCUCAUCUACAUGUUCUCCGAGGGAUGAAAAUUGUAGAGCGAAACGAGCGUCCAAAGUACAUUGGAGACGAAUCAGAGGAAGCUGAAAAUGCUUGCACUAUCUGUCUUGAAAAUCUAUGUACUGGUGUGGUUGUCAAGACGAAUUGUCGUCAUUGUUUUCACAAAUCAUGUGCAUAUCAGAGCGAACUUCAUGGACUUCGUUCAACUGGAAUCUGGGCUUGUCCAGUUUGCCGAGAUACUGUCACUUGGAUUAAUUUGGAAACCUUGUGGCAAGAUGGAUCAAAACAGAACAUUGACACUUCCAUGGAAUCAAAGAAGUCUAAUAACAGAUUCAAAGCCAUGAUAUCUAGAAGUGGAAUGCUUAAUUCGUUGGUGUCUGCAAUUGCCGCUGUAGAUACCUUGUCGAUAUUUUCUGAAACACAGCCUUCUUCAUUCAUCCCGAUCGAGCCACCCGUCGGGAUGCAACAUAACACUGAUUCACAAUCAAUGAUGGACAAAGCAUACAACCUUGAAGUUCCAAUGCAGGUUCAAAGAGUACCUCUGGACCACAAGAUGUUUGCUGAGAACGCGGAAAGCUCGGAAGCUUCGAAGGAGCCGGAAUAUGAUCAAUGUUGCGAUGCCUCGACAGACGAAGACAAGGAUCUCAACCAUGUCUCAGUCAUCGUGACGAGCGUCAGUGUUGCCUCCUCAGAAAUUUUCGCAGCUUUCCAGGCAGUCAACAUGAGCGAAGUCGUCCCAGUACGCCAGGCGGUGGAAGUAGACAGACCAAUGUCUAACUUCAUGAAAUUCACCAUCUUCGCUCGCAUCGUCUUGGCAAUGGCAGUCAUCAUCACAACCAUCGUGCUCUUCAUUUUCGGUGCUGCGCCGCAGCGUGCCUCGUCGAGGACUCAGCAAUGACGGGGGGAAUUGGCGAGGAAUUGUAUUGUUUUACUUAAUCAUUGAAUUCAUGUGUUC